AGGUCCCAAGGGCAUAUAGGUUGAGGGACACUGGAUUAGACUAUUUAAAUAUUACGCUAGUCCACACUUAACUAUAUAUUUUUGAUGCAGAAUACAUCCUUGGGAAAUUAGCCAACGUAAUUAAUUAGCUCGAUACAGCAAGCACUAUUAAGAAUUGAAGCCAAAAUCGAAAGGAGCCAACAAAUUGCAUAUUAAUAACAUGUUGGACGAGACAGUCGAGCGGAUAAAGUAAACAUAGGUCAAGAGUUCAAAUCCGUUAUUGGCGUUUCAUUCAAUGUUUCAAGACAAAACGCUGUUUCAUUCGUUACCUCACUUCAUCUGUUUGUCGUGGAUACAUAGCAAACCAUCGACUAUUGUACAAUAGUCUCAGUCCAGCCCUGUUCACUUUCUGGUUCUGAUUGUGAUAUAUUUUGUAGGAGAGCCACGUUAAAUUCAUCACACACAUGACAUCCAUCGUGAAUGUUUUCCGAGGCAACCAGGAAUUCCUCACCAAUAAGCUGGCUCUAAUCAAUCUACCAUACCUUUCCAGUGACUAGCUCGAACUAUUUGAAUUAAUCGACAUAUUUUUCCUUUCUUAAUUUUUAUAUAUUUUUUUUUUUUUUUAAUUACAAGUCAAAAGUUCUAACAGCUACUGUCGUAUAAUUUAUAUCUCAGAAAACUUUCCCGAAACCUGCUCCGUCUGUGUGACGUCAGAAUUUAUUGCCGUCAUAUUCAUUGUGAUUCCUUUAGAUAUGGUGUUCGGAUUAAUUGUUGGCGGCUAUGUCUUUACUUCGUUGUUGCUUCUUAAAUACCCGAAUUUAUUACACAAAAAGAAACGAAUUAAGUUUACUGCACGUCAUAUUAGCCAUAGAGGCGGUGCUGGUGAACAUUUGGAAAAUACAAUGACUGCAUUUCGACAUGCUACAAACACAGGAACAGAAAUGUUGGAACUAGACUGUCAUCUAACUAAAGACAACCAAGUUGUUGUUUGCCAUGAUAACAAUUUACUUCGAACAUGUGGUUGUGCUGUACUUAUAUCCCAAACAGAUUAUAAAGAUUUACCACCUAUGAAAAAUGAAUUACCCCUAGAUUUCAACCCAAAUGUGUCAACUGUAGGUGUCAAGGACCGCCACAUUCCACUCCUUAAAGAGGUCUUUGAUGAUUUCCCGUCCCUACCUAUCAACAUUGAUGUGAAGGUCAAUGAUGAUGUACUCAUUCAAAAGGUUUCUGAUCUAGUGAAGGAAUACAAUAGAGAACAAAUCACAGUAUGGGGAAACAGACAAGAAACUAUUAAUGGUAAAUGUUUCAAAUGUAAUCCUAGAAUUCCAUUGGUAUUUUCGUUUCGCCGAGUCCUCAUUUUGUUGGCAUUAUUCUACAGUGGAUUAUUACCUUUUGUGCCAAUAAAGGAAAGUUUCCUUGAAGUUAUAAUGCCUAGUAUCAUCUUAGAUGAAAAAAAGUCCCUACUUCAAUUCAGCAAGAACAAAAGACUGUUAAUACAAUUCUGUGACAUAAUCCUUAUGCGACCACUUUUAUUUGAACAUUUAGAAAAACGAGGCAUUCAAGUAUAUCUCUGGGUGUUAAACGACGAUGAUGAAUUUGCCAAAGGUUUUAAACAUGGUGCCACUGGAAUCAUGACAGAUUACCCUACAAAACUAGGAGAUUUUAUAGAGAAAAAUCCUCACUUUUUCAAACGAUAAAUCUUGUAUCAACAGUUUUAUUGUGCAAUCAACUAAAUUUUGAUUUCUACAUAGAUAGCAAACCAUCUUUGUGUUGAAAGUUCUUCACUUACUUCUCUAAUUCAUUAUUACCCAGUGAUAUUAUUUUCCUCCUGCUUUCUCAUAUUUUCUUACUAUUUCUGUUUUCUUCUGAAAUUCUCUUUUUUCCCCAUCUCUCUCUCUCUAACACAUAACUGCAAAUGAACAGAAUCAAAGUCAACAAAAAAUCUUUCGUUAUUAGCUUCUUAGACUCUGUCUUGAGUUGUUGCUAAAACUAAUAGAAAUCUAGUCAUUAUUAUCUAUAUAUAUUUAUUAUUUUCCCUGUAUCAUCUAUUUAGUCUCUACUCCUUCAUCUUCUAUCUUACAUACUUAGGUUCUUGAUAUGUUGUGUGUCAGUUGCUAUGAAGAUAUUGUAAACUGUAUACUUGACCUCAAACUCAGACCAAAUUUAAUAGAAUUACAUUUUGAUGAUGAUACUACUGCUAUCAAUGUUAUGAACCCUGGAAAGUUCUAAAAAUUCUCCCUUUCUUUUUGUUAAUUGUGAAGUUGGUGCUAGAAACAAAAUCCUUGACUACAAAUGUUAAACUAUUAAUUCAGUAUGUUUUUAAAGUGAAAUCACAACUGUUUAAAUUAUUGAAUUAUUGUAUUGUAAUAUAAUUUGAUUUGAGAUAAAAAGAAAAAGAAACACACACAAUGAACAAAACAAAACAAUUGACUGGACAUUUUUUUCCUCUACAUCAGUGCCCAUGGACUUUGGUCUAACCUUGAGUCUGACUACCACUACUAACACAAUUUACAACUCUUAUUUCUUUCUGAGACACAAAUCUCUCGUUCUCUGUGUGAUUCAUGUCAGCUGUCAAGAAUACACUCUCAAGUCUAACUUUCAGAUUGGUGGUAUAUAUAUGCUCACCUGACUAAAAGCAAUAAAAGAUUCUAAUUAUUCUGAUUAAAAAAAAAACAAAACAAAACAAAAAAAAAAAACUAUCUUUUCUAUCUCUCUAAAACCCUCAAAUAGCUAACAUUUGUUUAACUCUCUUUCAAGUUUCGAACCAUUGCAAUCUUCAUGUGAGAACAGGCUUUUCACAUGAAGAUCGCAGUAGUAUGAAAUUUGAGUCAUGAAAUAAUUAUUCAGUUUAAAUAGACAAACUACAUGUAUGAUUCUCUCUUGAAAAUAUCUAUUUAAUUUCACCUGAAGCCAUUAUUUAUUUUGGGUUGAUUUCAAUACUCAAAAUUCCACUAAAGCUUGCACACUCCAACACUACUGGUGCAGAGACCAAAUCAUUUUCCUUCUUGAUCUGACUGAAUCAGUUAUUUUCCUCAUCUACACAUAUCUCAGCCUCUCCAAGCACCCUUGAACUCUUUCUCUUCUCUAGAUUUAGCUUUUUCCUAACUAUCUCUACCUUUGCCCUUAUGAGAUUCAGUCUCGUUAAGACAACCUAUUUUAUAUCAUUCUUGUACACAACAACCCAUGCUUAUGGUAUUUAAAUCAGCUAGCUGGUUGAAACUCUGCCAUUCUCUGCUGAUUAUUCUAGUAGCAGAUGUUUAAUCUCUACCCCCAUGUAAGCAGGUGACCUGUACAGCUCUUUAAAUUUGCUCUAAUGAGCCACUCUUUGAACCACAUUCCAUUCCACACAUGUACUGUUUCAUCAGCAGAUAAUUUGAAAAUAUCCUCCUGUAGAGACAACCCAUUCUGCUUCAACAGCUCUAAAAGUCAAUCACUACAUAUGUUGAGUUAAGAGUCUUGUAUUACAUGCUUCUUCUAAUAUACUGCUAAAAAUCAUCAAAGUCGUGACAAAUGUCAGGCUUGCAAUCCUCUUGAGGCAAUCUCACAUAUAUAACAAUGCUAAAACUGACUGCAUCCACUGCAUUGGUUGGCUAUAACUGCUUCAACAUAGCAUUUCACCUCUUGUUACAAUUUUGUAUCAUAUCUUUCAUAAGAUUCAGCAUUUUGAGAUUAGCUUUCAUUACAUCCUUUAUCUUUUUCUACAGGCUCCUUCCAACUAGAAUGCUUGAGCCUUCUUUACCAAACUGUCAGCCUCCAUACACAUCACAAUGUCCUUACCAGCACAGGUUUCUUUCUUGUACACUACAACUGAUUUCUCUAAUUCCCAUUUCCUCUCUCAGGACACAUGCACUUCAUCAUUCAGGUCCACUAACAUCACACAUCUAGCCUUCACAUUCAUUGCCCAUGUCUUGCUAUCAUACAGCAUUACACUUCACAUAUCAACAUCAUAUAAUCUGCCUUUCAGUCAAUGAGAGAAACCUUUUAUUGCCAAUGGAGGUAAUAAUUACUUGAAUCUUUUUUCACAAUAUCUAAAACACCUACCUCUACUGCUGAUUAGGUCAGCUGGGUAGUAGAGACUAUGAACUACAUCUAGUAAACCUCCUGGUUGUCAUCUACCUUUGCACUUCUUUUUACUAUAAACCUACAAACUCUCGUUCUUGUUUCAAUUUUUCUUCUUUACAUCACAUUCCCAACCUGUCAAAGAAUCUUCCCUAUAUCAAGCCCAAGAUAUCAACUAGUCAAUUGCACUUGUACUAUGCCUAGUUACCAGAUUAUUCCCCUCCUCAUCCUCUACCCUGCGACCUACCUACUUCAGAACAUUAUUAUCAAUUUCAGCCUUUUUUCACUUAUACUCCACAAUCAAUCCAAUCUUUCUCAAGCCUCUUCUCAUCUCCUUCAAAAGAGAUACAAGUGUAUUAGCCUUCUGCUCAGAAGUUCCCUUAUUCAUAGUCACUCCCAACUUGGAUUAUCCACUUGUUCCAGCCCCCGGUGUUGUGCAUGCCUCUUCAUCAUCUAAAUCAUACUCCUACUAGACCACAAAAUCUACAAUCAAUAUGACUAACCACUUCAAUCUAAUAUGCUGUAUAGUAUGCUAAUUUUGCAAUGUAUUGUACACAGACAAGAUGGGACACUGAUUGGAUGGCCUAUUCUGUGAGCAUUUCCUGUAUAUCUAUAACAUCAUCCAAGGCUUCUUCAGAUCUGUAGUCCAUUACUUUAUGUUGGUAAACCACUCUUACUGACCACCUAUCUGUCUGUGGUGGUCUCUAACAAAGUGUCUCUUCUUCAGCCUAGGAACUUCUGUUCUACAAGGCAUGAACUUACAUCUCAAUCUUCUAUAAUUUUUUGCUUUCCAGCCCACUAUUUUUGUUAUAUCUACCUUCAUUGUUUGUCUCCUUUUUCCCCAUUUAAGGAUGUUCUGGAUCUAUACUUUAUCAAUUCUUUGGGUGUAUGUAAGUUUGAAUGCCUAUACUCAUAUGUACUUGUAUUUGGAUGUGUGUUUGCAUAAAUAUUUGCAUGCAUGUGUCAAUGAGGGCAUUUAUGAGUAUGUUUACUGUUAAUUUGGCUUAACUAAAUUUAGAAUCUUCUUGGGCUCCCUUGUACCUACAGCUCAAGGGAAAACCUUUACUAUGCUUGACACUAGUGUUUUUAACCUUCCCACUCCAAUUCAUAGCUUCUUCCUCUUCUUUUACUACCUCUAUCUGGCAUUUCCCCCCUUCCAUGAGUGCCUUUUUCUAAAAUAUUUUUCAACUAUCUUUGCAUAUAUUGUUGCUCUGUUUCCCACUUCUCUCACCUGCCAUCCCCCACUUUGCAUUUGGACCUCACUCCUGCUUAGCUUGAAGCAAUGGCUCUUUCUAAGUUUCCUUUCCGAUUCUAGCUUUCUCUCGCAUUAUUCACCUCACUCUCUCUUACCUAUUCUCUUUUUCACUCUCUAUCAUCAUUUCCUUGCCUACCUCUAAAGUAACAUCACCACAUUCUCUCUCUCUCUCUCAUGAUAAGAUUCCAAAUCAUUAGGUUCUUCAUUCCUCACGGUAACUGAACUAACCAAACUCUCUUUCAUUUGGACUAAUUGUUACCAAUACUGCGGACCAUCAGUUUCUUCAGAUUCAAGAUUUUACCUCCUGGGCAUUUUCAUAUAUAUGACAUGUCAGCUGAUAUAAACUAGAACCCUGUACAAAUAGCUGAUUUAUGAUCGAGAGGGUAGCAACUCAGAUUACCUUAAAAAGAAACAUGAAAUAAUAAACGAAAGUAGUGUUAGAAAUAUUGUUUUGAAAAUGUCACCUACUUGGGACUAGUGCUCUUUUAAUUUCACCUUUUUGAGAUUGAAAACAGUUCUGUGUUAAUGAUAUGACUCUCUUCCCUGUCAAUUACUGGAUUUCUAAUAACCAUAUUAACCUGGAUAAUUAUUCUACUAUUGCAAUAAUAAUGACCUUAAACGAACAAAGUGCAUUUAUUUUGUAGUAUAAAUUAUUGCUGUUGUGAUUUACUAUUUGUAAUUAAUUCAUUCUUUCCUUUUCUUGGAAUCAUACUGACUUGAAAUGUCAAUUGAUUAAAUUCUGUUGGUAUCAUUUUUCAACAAAUUGAAGUGUGAACGAGUCAAUAGUCAUGGAAUGCCUGGUAUGAGUUCACUUUAGGUAUGUACUUCUAGAGGAGUUCAGUCAACAGGAGAGCCUCUAAUGUAGUCUUGACCUGCUAGAAAUAGCAGUCAAAUUCCAUCAAAUUAUAUCCUGCCAUCUUUAAAAAGAGAGAGAUACAUUGGCAAAUAUAGUCUGGAAUAUAUAAAACAGUAGGGUGGUCAGAGCCAAAAUGCUUUUGGUUGUAGAUCUGCCUUACAAAAGUUGAUCUGGAGUCAAAACAACUCUAUAGAGAAGUGCUUUAAUUUAAAAUUUAAAAAAAAAGUAUUUUCUAAUUAAAAGUGAGUCACUAAAUUACAUGCAUCAAAAGAUUCAACUCUUUUGAUACCAGCCUGCUGGAGGCCACCUGUUUUAAAAUACAAAACUGCCCGUUUUGAAGUGCUUAAAAUUAAAGUUAAAAUUUCCUAUUAUAAUUUUAUGUAAAAAAAAUCCUUUUAAGUUAUAUUCCAGAUAUCAGAUUAAAAUGGAGUUAUUUUACUAAAUCCUGCCAAAUUCUUUGUUGUUCAAAAUUAAUUGAAGUAUUGCCUAAGAAUAUAUAGUCACAGGAGGAUUAAAAUGAUUGAAUCAUGCCAUAUUAUUUUCUUGUAAUGUCUUGUUUCCAAUAUGGUUUAUAAAAGGUUAGAUUUUUUUCUCCGUCAAAUUUACAAUGUGAUAGCCCCUGUUUGUCUACAAUUUGUGAAUGUUUACUUCAGGUGAAAGUGUUUUUUGUUCUUUGAAAUAGAAACAAAUCAUUACAAUUGAAAUUACUUAUUAAAAAUCACAUAUAAUCAAUCUCUAAUCAGGUUUUCAGUAUAUCCUCAUUAUUUACCCUAAUAUUUUGGGGUUUCAUAAAAAGUAAUUUUUGUUGAAAGUGAAUAUUUCUAUAAUUUAUUUAGGAAAGACAUCAAACACCUAAGAAGCUGACUCAUCAGUAACAUUCUAUUUUGUGUUUAUAAACCAUCCUUCUGUUGUUUUAAGAUGAAAGAUCUAUGUUUGGCAUAUGGUAUGUUAAUAUUUUCGUCAUAAAAGUCAAACUUCAAUUGGUUAGUUAUAUGUAGGGACAUCAUUAGUUAUAUAUUUCUGGUUUCAACUUAACAUUGAGAUUAUAAUUUGUAAAGUUAAUCUGUUGUUUUUUUUUUUAAUUAAAAAAAAUUUCUUUACCAAUAAUCCUAAGAGGAAACAUUACUGUAUCCCUUUCUCUAUGCAUGACUGGGGAAGAAUGUACCCUUGCUGCUUACAGUGGUGAAUUGUACCUACCCAUGCUACUUAUUUAAAGAUUGAGUCAGUGUAGGAGUUUUUACAGAGACACUCAACCCACUAGAAAAAGCAGCUAAAUCAUUAUCUAUUUUCCUUAAAAAUGGAUAUAUUGAAGAAUGUAAUCUCAUGUACACUGUCUGGAAACAAAAACAGAUAAGGUCAUGACUAGAAUGGUUCUGAUUGUAUGUCUGCUUGAUAGCGAUAACUUGAGGUUAAACAACAGCUCUCGUUCUAGAAAGCAGCCAUCAGCAAAACUAAAACAGAUAAAGCAAAAAUAAGCCCAUUCAUAAUAAACUAUUUUCUCACUCCAACUCCACUCCCUGUCAGUUAUUACAAUGGUUUUUACAAGGAAACCUCUACCCAAUCACUGAAUCUGGUAGAAAUAGCUCCUGAAGCUUCCACAAAUCAUUUGCCUACUAAUGUAGUCAUAGAUCUCAUUGCCUGAAGAAGAAACGAUAGGAUGGUCAUGAAAUGCCUUUGAUCAUAAAUCUGCUUAAUCAUGUUGGACUAAACAAUAACUAUUCACAAGUAGGGCAGAGUUCUAUUGUCCGGGUCAUGGCGACAUCAUAAACACUUUCAGAAUGCUAGUGGAUAGUUUAGGAACCUAAUGAUUCAACCAACCAUAACUUAACCAUUUAACAAUAUUUCUACAUUUACAUUAAGAUUAAUUUAUCACACAAAGAAUUACAAAAUGAUAAUGAUUAUGAUCUCAAUCUGAUUUGUCUUCAAAUAAAAAAAUGAAUGAAAAUAACAUAACAAUUAAAAACAACUUGGCUUAGCUUAGUUUUUUUUAAAUGUCCAACUAAUAUAACUUCAUUUUUUUUUGCUGAAAUAAUCUGCAGGGAAAAGAAAGAAUAUCUCGUUUCUAAAAUGAAAUAGCUGGAAUUAAAAGUUAAACAGUCAUGUCUCUUACUUAACUAAUUUUAGUCGUUUUUUUUUUUUCUUUUAUAACUUUGGAGUAGGCCAACUUUACUUAAAACAUUAACAUUUUGGGGAAAUUCUUAGUAACAAAAAAAUGUUUGGAAAACAAACGAACCUUUGAGCUUUCAAUUACUAAAAUGUUGAUAGAUUUAUAUCCAUUCUUACAAAAAUAAUGAAAAACAAAAAGAAACCUAGUCAAAAUUUAUUUUUCUGUCAAGAAAUAUUCUUAUGUCUUUCAAUGUUUGCCAUAGUAAUUAUUAUUUUUUUGCUCUAUCCAGUAAGUAGAAACUGUAAGCAAAGAAAGAAUUUGUGAAAAAAAUCUACAAAAAGAUACAGAAUUUCUUAGAAAUAAACUAAUUUUUGAAACUGUC